CUGCUGCAAAAAAAAUUCUUUGGGGGGGGGUUUGACUCCGGUGCGUUUUAUGGACGGUCCUUCUCCCGCUAGCGGCUAAGCAGCUUUCCGUCUCCCCACAGCAGCCAAGCGGACCGGACCGGGAUGAGCCAUGGCGUCGGUUCGGGUGGCUGUCCGAGUCCGACCCAUGAACAAACGGGAGAAGGACUUGUCGGCCAAGUGCAUCAUCAAGAUGGACGGCGCCAAAACCUCCAUCGCCAACCCAAAGCUCUCAGAAGGCGCGGCGGGGGACCCGAGCAGGGACUCCCUCAAGACCUUCACUUACGACUUCUCCUACGACUCGGCCGACUCUGGGAGCUCCGGCUUCGUCACUCAGGAGAAGGUCUUCCGAGAUUUGGGCCGCGACGUGCUGAAGGCGGCCUUUGAGGGCUACAACGCCUGCGUCUUGGCCUACGGUCAGACGGGCUCCGGCAAGUCCUACACCAUGAUGGGCAAUCCGGGAGACGCCGGUCUGAUCCCACGGAUCUGCCAGGGGUUGUUCGGCCGCAUCGACGAUGCCGCUCGACGGGACGAAGCUUCGUUCCGCACGGAAGUCAGCUACCUGGAGAUCUACAACGAGCGUGUGAGGGACCUUCUGAGGAGGAAGUCUGCUCAGACCUGCAACCUGAGGGUCAGGGAGCACCCCAAGGACGGACCUUACGUCCAAGAUCUGUCCAAGCAUCUGGUGCAGAACUACAGCGACGUGGAGGAGCUGAUGGAGGCGGGAAACACCAAGCGCACCACCGCCAGCACCGGCAUGAACGACACCAGCAGCCGCUCGCACGCCAUCUUUACCGUCAACUUCACGCAGGCCAAGUUUGACGCCGAGAUGCCCAGCGAGACGCUGAGCAAGAUCCACCUGGUGGAUCUGGCGGGCAGCGAGCGCGCCGACGCCACCGGCGCCGCCGGCGUCCGCCUCAAGGAAGGCGCCAACAUCAACAAGUCGCUGGUCACGCUCGGCAACGUCAUCUCCGCCCUGGCCGACCUCUGCGCUGAUGCUGACGGCAGCCAGAAGAGGAAGUCGCUCUUCGUGCCCUACAGAGACUCCGUCUUGACGUGGCUGCUGAAGGACAGCCUGGGCGGCAACUCCAAGACCAUCAUGAUCGCAAGUACGCCGGCCGAGUUGAGUCAAACCGUGUCCCCCGCCGACGUCAACUACGGCGAGACGCUCAGCACGCUGCGCUACGCCAACAGGGCCAAGAACAUCAUCAACAAGCCCACCGUCAACGAAGACGCCAACGUCAAGCUGAUCCGAGAGCUGCGGGCGGAGAUCGCGCGACUCAAAGCGCUUCUGCUUAGGGGCAACCAGGUCGCUGUCUUGGACUCACCCACCGCGCUCAGCAUGGAAGAGAAGCUGCACCGGAGCGAAGCCAGGGUGCUGGAGCUGACAAAGGAGUGGACCAAUAAGUGGAGUGAGACACAGAACAUCCUCAAGGAGGAGACGCUGGCGCUGCGCAAGGAGGGCACGGGUGUGGUCCUGGACUCGGAGCUGCCUCACCUCCUGGCCAUCGACGACGACCUCCUCAGCACCGGCAUCAUCCUCUACCACCUCAAGGAGGGCCCGACGUACGUGGGCAGAGAGGACGGCGCCGGGGAGCAGGACAUCGUGGUCCACGGCGCCGACGUGGAAAGCCAGCACUGCGUGUUUGACAACAGCGGCGGGACGGUGACGCUGGUGCCGCUGGCCGCCGCGCUCUGCUGCGUCAACGGGAGACGUGUGGCCACGCCCACGCGGCUCAAUCAAGGCGCCGUGGUCCUGCUGGGCAGGACCAACAUGUUCCGCUUCAACCACCCCAAAGAGGCGGCAAAGCUGCGGGAGAAGCGCAAGAGCGGCCUCUCAUCCACCUUGGGCCUGUCGGCGAGCGACCUGUCCAAGUCCUGCGACAACCUCUCAGCCGUCAUGCUCUACAACGCGGGGAGGGAGCUGGAGUGUCGGCAGCGCGAGGAGCUGGACAGGCUGGAGCUGACCAGGCAGCAGAUCAAGCAGAUGGAGGCCAAGCAGCGCAGCGAGAAGGCCAAGCUGCAGCGCCUCCGGCGGGAGGUGGAGAGCCGGCGCAAGGAGUCUGAGGAGGCGCGUCAGAGGAUCCUGCGCCAGGAGGAAAGCCUGCGCCGCCGCAGCCGCGACAUGGAGAGCCGCCUCCGAGACUUCCUGGAGGAGAAGCGGCGCUUUGACCUGCUCAGACAAGCCGACCAGGAACUCCCGGGGCCCGAAGAGGAGCUCCGCCGAGAGCCGCGACAGCCGGAGCGUCUGGAAGCGGCGCAACUGAGCCACAAAAAAGGCAGCGCCGCUGCUGUCACUUUCUUCAGCAGUGAGGAGGAGGAGGAGGAGGAGAAGAAACAGCCGCCGGCUCCUAUCAGUUCUCCUGGCCUGGACAACCUCCCCGACCACCCAAAUUCUCCAGGCCUGGACAACCUCUUCGACCACCCAAAUUCUCCAGGCCUGGCCGAGAAGCUUCGGGUCCAGCGACUGCAGGAGGACAAAGGAGAAGAGAUCUGGCACAAGAAGCAGCAGAUACACACAGGACACCUGGUCCCCGACACCGUUCCGCUCUCCGACCACAGGAUCAACAUUGAAGAGGAGGUUGAGCGGAGGAGGCUACAGCGCUUCAACCUCGACACAAGCAGUCCCGCGAUGGACCCGGAGCCGUCACGACAUCAGUGUGGCAGCGGCGUCGCCGAGCCUCCUCCUCUUUGUGCCGGCGAGGGAAGCGUCCGCGUCAACAUCCCUCGCUACGUCCUCCGAGGCCAGGGCAAGGAUGAGCAUUUUGAGUUUGAGGUCAAGAUGAGCGUCAAGGACGAGACGUGGACAGUCUUCCGUCGCUACAGCCGCUUUCGAGAGCUGCACAAGAGUCUCAAGUCGAAAUAUCCGCAGCUGGCAAUUCUGGACUUCCCUCCCAAGAAAUUAUUUGGAAACAAAGAUGAGAAAAUGGUUGCUGAACGCAGGAAUCAGCUGGAGCGCUACCUGCGAAGCGUGUUUGAGGUGAUGUCGGCGUCGUCCGGGUCACCGCUGCGGCAGGACGACGAGCGCGCCUUUCCUGUGUCCAAACGCUCUGUGUGCGAGCUGUCUCCCUUCUUCAAGAAAGGCGUCUUUGAGAGCGGUCGCCACGGAACCGGCUAAACGCCUGCUCCCGUGGGACCUGUUCACUCGGCCAAUAAAGUUACGAGCGAGCCAGA